AUGGCCGGCGCAACGAGACCCUCAGGCUAUGGUGCCUUUGUAUUGCAGAACGCGACUCAAAUUGGAAGUUUGGAAAGCGGGUUUAGGACGCUCACUUAUGUCUUGCCAGGCCGUUUCCCUAACUCUGAUUUGGUCGCAGAAGCCAUCGGAGCAUCUGUGAACAUUGCCGCCUUAUACCAUGACACGAUCCUAGUGCCUGUUGCUAGACGACAACCUGGAUCUACUCAAUCACCAUUCAACCGGUACACAUCCGCCGUGUUGAAAUCCUCCACUGCUUAUCAGAGGGUCGCAUAUGCGUUGACCUUCAUGGGCUUUGUCGACAAUCUGUUAGAGCAAGGCUUGACGCGUCGAUUUGGGAAAGAAAUCAAGUGGCCAUUCGUCACCACUUAUGAAAUCAUCAAACUCAUUUUACGAUUAUCGUUAUUCCGAAUGUCACGAGCACGGAUGAUUCCGCAUUCAGCUGUCGAGGAACGUGAAUAUGAUCCCUCAAAGCUCAACCCAGAAAGCGCUGAGGCUGCCAACGAUGCUGCUGCUGCAACAGCAUCUAGUCCCACAGGAACAGGAUUUGUCGGCUCGCGGUCUGGCAAAUCGUUCAACUCAGUCGAAACUGUAGGAAAAGACCCACAGACGGUACAGACCUACUUGAACAACAAGGCUCUGUCAGAUCCUGUCAAGAAAUCAACAGAUUUGCUCCAGUCUUUGGAUACAUUACGAACAGUUGCUGAAUUGGCAUUCAUAUUGAGGCCUAUUGUUUAUGUUCUUAUGAUUCAGCGCUAUGGAGCCAAAUCGUGGAAGCCAUGGACAACCUCUCUCGCAAUGGAAGUUGGGUCUCUAGCCAUACAGACCAAUCCAUUGCAGUUGGGAUGGAGGAGUGACUUGACUCAGUUGGAGAAGGAUGAGUACCAGAAACGAAUCAUCUUCCUGGUUUACUACAUUCUCCGUGGACCCUUCUUUUCUGAGUACACAGUGCCACGAUUACAGCGCUUUAUUGACUGGGGAUCCCAAAAGAUGAUUGUUUCUAUUGUGACAGGCGUCGUAAAAGACAUGAUUCCCAUGUGGGAGAAUGUAUAUUAUAUCACUGCUGCGUAUUGA